AUGGCGACGGGUUAUGUCGAUCUGCGUUAUAAGCUCCUUCAAUCUUGUCAAAAAUUUCCAGUUAAUCGUCAUCAGAGAGACGUGGAAGAUAUAAAUAACGAUAGAUGGAAACCUUAUCAAACGGAUAAACGUAAAUAUAACGAUCGACAAAAUUAUGGAGACGUUUUACGUAAAUUACACGAAGGCAUACAACAGAGACGUAUGUUUAGCGAAGAGGAAUGCAUUUGCAUCGAGAAUAAAAUUGAAGACGUCGUUAGAUGCGGGGAAAUCGGUAAAUAUAAACAACAUACCGUCGACAGAUCGCCACUUAGGAAUAAAUAUUUCUUCGGUGAAGGGUAUACCUACGGUUCUCAAUUGUCUAAGAAAGGACCUGGCAUGGAAAAGUUAUACCCAAAAGGAGAGGUGGAUGAUAUACCUCAGUGGAUUGAAGAUUUGAAAAAGUUAGCAGAAUUACGAAUCAAAGAAUUUAGAGAACAAGGUGAAAAGGCCAAAGAAAAGUUGAAGGAAAUUUUGCUUGAACAAUGUUUGGCUUAA